CAAGCUCCGACUCCGAACUUUCUGUGAUUCUGAGCUCAACGACUGCAAGCACUCGUCUGCUCAAGCCAUCUAGAUCCGCAAUUGCGGAUUCUACUCAUCAUGGCUAGCACAACGGCAACAGCCAAGCUGACGGGCGCGUCGACUGCGCUCAAUCAGGAACUUCUUCGAAUGUUGCGAGGCCCGAGACAUGAACGGGUGUUAUAUGUGUUUGAGAAUAUCCGGACGAAACAAGUUGUGUACUCACUGAAGCGCGAUCUGUUGGCAUCGGACAAGCAAGAGAAGAAAUCGCUUCAACAGCUUACAUUUGUAGGCAAGGGCUCAGUUGCACCAGAAAUACGAGAAGAUUUGUGGAAAGCUUUGGCUGUGGUACAUUUUCGGGAUCAGGACCUUUGUCGCACCGCUCUUCACAAGCUCCGCGAAUACCGCAUGCUACGAGAAUACAAUUGGAGGCAAAAUUAUGCGAACCUGAAGAAACUCAAGAACAAACAAGUCAAACUGCUCCAACAGCGUCUUGAAAAGGAUCAGGAACUAUUAGAACGGGGAGAGGUUACAGAGGCAGACAUCAUGCAAGAGCUGGCAAAGCAGAUGGGCCACCCCUCGUUGCUGGACACAGAUAUCGAGGUAGCCAACUUCCGGCCGAAGAGACAUAGUCAAAGGUAUAAUACUGCGACCAAGCACAGCAGACAUCUGCAGAAAUGGCUACAGGACCGAAAAAAGUUCUUGCAGGAUCAAAAAGCCAAUAGCGUUGCCGAUCUUGCCCAUGUUCUCAAGGGAAUCCAUGGCAUGGACAUUGCAAAGCAAGCAAACGAAUUUCUGGAGAAACAAAUUGCAUGGUUGAAGGCCCCUGACGCGGAAUUUGCGCAGCUCAAGGAAUGGGCCAAAAGCGAGGAUCACGAUCACGAGGAAGAACUGAAGGAGGUUUGGGAGACGUGCACGAGGCUCUAUCAGCGCGGCAAGAAACAUCCCGAGCAGCGUACGACCGACAAACGUCAUGCCGUCCGUACAGCCGAGCGCCGCUAUAAAGCUCUCCUCUCUCUCCGCGAGGCUCGCCAAGCCCGCGCAGAAGGCGACUUUGCCCGCGCGACCGAGCUCGAAGAAGCCGUGCUGCGAGGCUGCAGGCACGAGAUCCUCCACCGCGAAAUGCUCGAGCGCCGCACCCUGGAUCUCUUCAAGAAAGUCGCACUGGAGCGGUACAACGCCAACAAACUCGUCUGGCGCCCCGAGACCCGCGGCGCCGUGCUGAAACCAAUCUUCGGCGACCCAAAGAAAUCCGUAGUAGCCUACGACAAAUCCGAAGGCUGGCACGGCAGCCCACAAGGCGCGUACAUGCCGCGCGCCCCGGUCAACUUCAAGCACUGGCUCGACAAUCUCCAGCCCCGGCCCCCGAUCGCGCCCAGCAUCGACCAACAAGGUCUCGCCUUCCGCGCGUUCCUGGAGAUGCUGCGCAACCGCGACAUGGACUACUCCUCCGGCACCGGCACGUCCACCCUCAACGCCGGCAUCUACCAGGACACCCAGACCAUCACCAAGCCCGGCGCCAUCACCCCCUUGCCAGAUGACGACCCCGCACAGGUCUUCAUCGAAUGGGGCGACGUCGCAAACGCAGAAUACGUCCGCGACAAAGACUGGCCCGAGCACGUCUCCUUUGCAAGCCUCGACAUCCCGGGCCAGCGCGUGCUCAGACCAAGCGCCAUGGCGCCCCGCCCGCGUCUAUACGAGGACCUCCUCGCAGAGUAUACCCAGAGGGCAGAAAGGGCAGCAAUCAAGGCGAGAAAGGCGCGGCGCUGGGCUGAGAGGCAGGCAGCUGACGCGGGAGCCGGUCAAACGCCUCGGGUACAGAAGAAGACGGCUGCUGCUGCUGCUGCUGCUGCUGCGCCCACGGGUAUACUCGGCCAGACUGAGGUCUAUCUGCGCGCGUAUCUGCCGUUUUUGUUCCGCGGCUCGGCGCCCGCGCGGAGGCAGAGUCUGUAGGUGGUCCUACCUAGAUGCGAUGAGAGGAUUGGGAAGGAGAGGGGAGGGGGAAGAGGGAUAGAUGAUCGAGCUGUUGUGUAUAUGUAGAUAUAUAUCCCUCUGUAUGUGUGUUGUUGGUGGAAGGGGUGUAUAUCAAACCGUCAUGCUAGACUUCUAACACUAAGCGAGAGUGUGUUCUUGUAUGUACGUAUGUAUAGUGUAGUAUAGUAUAGACAGAGUAUAGCAAAACACACACACACGCGUAUCAUCC